AUGCCUGCGCCCAUCACAAACCCGGCGUUUGCGCCACUGAAGGACACGGCGCUUUUCAAGCCGAUGCAGCUGGGCAAGCUCUCGUUGAGCCACCGCAUGGUCCUCGCGCCUCUUACACGCAUGCGCGCACAGAAGGAGAGCGAUGGCGUCUAUGUGCACUCAGACCUGGCCGUCGAGUACUACAAGCAGCGCGCCAGCAAGGGCGGUCUGCUCCUGACCGAGGCCACCGACAUCUGCCACUACGCCAGCGGCUACCCCGGCGUGCCCGGCGUCUUCACAGCGUCGCAGCUGGCCGGCUGGAAGAAGGUGACGGACGCGGUGCACGCAAAGGGCGGCUACAUCUUCUGCCAGCUCUGGCACACCGGCCGCGCCUCGCCGCCCUCGUUCCGCGCCGGCGCGCAGGCCCCCAGCAGCAGCGACGUCCCCAUCUCGGGCAACGCGCUCGACGGCACCGCGUACGGCGACGCGCCGCCGCGGCCGCUCAGCGCGGGCGAGAUCCACGCGCUGACGGCCGAGUGGGCGGCGGCGGCGAAGCGCGCGGUCGACGAGGCGGGCUUCGACGGCGUCGAGAUCCACGGCGCCAACGGCUACCUGCUGGACCAGUUCCUGCACGACAACGUCAACCGGCGCACCGACGCGUACGGCGGCGGCGUCGAGGGCCGCUGCCGCUUCCCGCUCGAGGUGGUGGCGGCCGUGGCGGCGGCCGUGGGCGGCGACCGCGUCGGCAUCCGCCUGUCGCCGUACAACUACUUCCAGGACACCAAGGACAGCAACCCCAACGCGCACUGGGCCUACCUGUGCGACCAGAUCGCCCGGCUGCCGCAGAAGCCCGCGUACGUGCACAUGGUCGAGCCGCGCUUCGACGAGGUGCUGGACGAGCAGGGCAAGCUGGACGCGCUGGCGGCGUACACGGCGCACGAAGACGACGUCUACAACGGCGUCGAGGCCGAGGCCACGGCGCCCGCGUCCAAGAAGGCGCCCAACAGCCUCGUGCCGUUCCGCCGCAUCCUGGCCAAGGGCGGCGUGCGCUUCCUGGCGGCGGGCGGCUUCGACCGCGAGAACGCGGCGCCCGUGGUCGAGGCUGGCGACGCCGACUGCGUUAUCUUCGGUCGGUGGUUCAUCGCCAAUCCCGAUCUGCCGCGCAGGCUGGCCGAGGGCCUGCCGCUGAACCAGUACGACCGCGGCACCUUUUACGGCGCGGACCCGCCGCAGAAGGGCUAUGUGGAUUACCCGUCGUUCGAGGAGACGUCGGCGUAG